AUGAAGCUCCUCACCGUCUUUGCCGUGGCGCUUGUGGCCCUCGGCGUCAACGCCCAGACGACUCACCCCGUCGACCCGGGAACAGUCGCUCCCUGUCUCCUCACAUGCUACAUCAGCUCUGCCCAGGCUGCUCCUUGUGCUUCGCCUCUCGACUUUAACUGUGUCUGCAAUGGUGCCACAGGUAAUAACUUCUUCAAUAAGGCGGCGACCUGUAUCAGCAACUCGCCAGGCUGCAGCCUCACUGACGGCGUCAACCUUCGCACCAACCUCUGUGCUACCCCACCCAAUGGUGGCAUGUUGAUCAACACCCCACCUGCCCAGCCAGUCGACACUGCGAACACUGGCCCCUUCCUUUAUGCCAUCUUCCCCUGUAUCCAGCAGAACAACUGUAACAUCGACCUCGGCCUCACGAGCUACAACCAGGUGUGCCAGUAUGGCGUCACCAACGUUCCGCCGACCCCGUCGUCCGGUGCGCGCCGCAAGCGUCUCGAGCGCGGCACCAUCGCCCCCCGCUGCCCGCACCUCCGCAAGGCAUGCAAGGUCGCCAGGCGCACUCACACCAACGUGCUGUUCGGUGUGCAGAGCCGCGAGGAGCUCAACGGCGAGGAGCCCACCACGUGGGAGUGCAUCAACGUGCUCUCGGACCUCGAGUCGUGCGGCGGCUGUAUCGGCGAGGACGGCGUCGACUGCACCGCCAUCGAGGGCGUCGACGACGUUUCCUGCCGCCGCGGCAAGUGCAUCGUCCACUCGUGCGCCCCGGGUCUCUCGCUUGUCGACGGCGAGUGUGUUUAG